ACUCGCGGGGUGACUCCAUGCGCCUCACCAGGGGGAGCGUGCGUGUGCGUGCGCAUGUGGGUGGGGGGGCCGGAGAGUGAGGAAGGCUGCGACGGGUUGGGGCGUUCCUCCAGGAUGCUGAGCACAUCGCCACCUCUAUGCCGAGGCGUCACAACGCCUUAGGGCGGACAUCCCCUGUGUUUGCCUCUCUUUCUUUCUUUUUUUUUUAGAUGUAAGAGAGCAGUGGAAGAGAGACCCCCACCUCAGAGAAACAAAACACGUGAGCAGUUCAGCUGAGGAGCAGAAGCUUGCGCACUGUGGAUGAAUGACUUGGAGUGAACAAAAGACUGGUGUAACUUUAUGUAGGUCACACGUGAGCACUUCCCUCUGCCUGUCAAGUGUCUCAGCAAGAACAACAACCAGGAAGAAGAAGCAGCAGCAGCAGCAGAAGGAGGAGGACGACCAAGAGGAGGCUUGGCAGAGGCGCGGCGAUGCUCGGCGGGACGUGAUGCCCGACGACACGCUGGCGCUCCUCCGCAACCGCUCGGAGGAGGCGCGAGUCCUGACCGGCGGCGGCAGCGGCCCUCAGGGGGGUGGGCGGCCUGCCUGGGUCAUCGGCAUCCUAGCCAGCGUGCUCAUCUUCACCACCGUGGUGGACGUGCUGGGCAACCUGCUGGUCAUCAUCAGCGUUUUCCGCAACCGGAAACUGAGGAACUCGGGUAACGUUUUUGUGGUGAGUUUGGCCUUCGCUGACCUGGUGGUGGCGUUCUACCCGUACCCUCUGGUCCUCUACGCUCUCUUCCAUGACGGAUGGGCGCUAGGCAACACGCAAUGCAUGGUGAGCGGCUUCCUGAUGGGCCUGAGUGUGAUCGGCUCCAUCUUCAACAUCACGGGCAUCGCCGUCAACCGCUACUGCUACAUCUGCCACUCCUUCUCCUACAGCCGCCUGUACAGCUACCGCAACACGCUGCUCUUCGUGGCCUUAAUAUGGGUGUUGACCGUGGCGGCCAUCGUGCCCAACUUCUUCGUGGGCUCGCUGCGCUAUGACCCGCGUGUCUACUCCUGCACCUUCGCCCAGAACGUCAGCAGCUCCUACACGGUGGCCGUGGUGGUGGUGCACUUCCUGGUGCCCAUUGCCGUGGUCACCUUCUGCUACCUGCGCAUCUGGAUACUCGUGAUUCAGGUGCGUCGCAAAGUGAAGACGGAAGAGAGCCCUCGCCUACGCCCGAGCGACCUGCGCAACUUCAUCACCAUGUUCGUGGUGUUUGUGCUGUUCGCCAUCUGCUGGGCGCCGCUCAACCUGAUCGGGCUGGCGGUGGCGCUGGACCCGUCGCGCGUGGUGCCGCUGAUCCCCGAAUGGCUCUUCGUGGUCAGCUACUUCAUGGCCUACUUCAACAGCUGUCUCAACGCCGUCAUCUACGGACUGCUCAACCGCAACUUCCGCAACGAGUACAAGCGCAUCGUCACCUCGGUGUGGGUGACGCGCCUCUUCGUCACCGAGACGUCGCGGGCCGCCACUGACGGCCGCAGCCUGCGCAGCAAGCAGUCUCCGCCGCCGCCACUCAACAACAACGAGUCGAUAAGGGAUCGAGUCAACAACAAAGACUGAACGCGUUAGCGUCAUAACAGAACAAUCCCAUCGGUCAUGAACGGCCUAAACUUCCAAAGCCUCAAAUACGUCCGACUUGCAUCACUUGAAAGCCAACUUAGUAAAAACAGAACUGAUAAUCAGGGUAUUUAGUAGAAAAAAAAAUAUUCCAGGAACUUUUAGUUCUUGCUAUUUCCUUGCCCAACAUUUGUGACAGAGGCUUGCCCUGUUCACAGUAUUUUUUUAAUGGAAAAUUUAAAAAUGUUAACAGCUGUUCUGCUAGCAUAUAGCAGGAUAGCACAAUACAAAAAACGUGAGAAUUAACAAGAGGCUAACAGCCGGCAUGCGAACAUCAUUGUGGUUUUCUUUGAAAAAACAGCAACAAGUCCAAAAGUGUUAAUGUGAAUCGAUAUUUUCUAUCGUGCCCUUUGGUCGGGUAAUUUUUCAAAGGGAAAUUGAUGAAAAAACUAACAUGCUAAUAGUUAGCAUGCUGUCAAUCUGCACUGGAAUCCUCAUUUUCAUUUAGGAAAUAUCCUGUGCCUCUGGAUUACCUGCCUAAUGGGACUGUAAAUUGAAAGCUUACCUGGAGUGGGUAUGCUAACAUAGAAUGCUAACUACCUGCAACUGUAUAUCAUUUAAAAAUCAAACCAGAGAUGAUAAUCAGGGUGUCGUCAUGUACUCUUACCAGAAUUUAAGCAGGAAACACAACAACAAUAGUCAACUCUGAGUUGGUACUACCUGAUAUGAGCCUCAAAAUCCAAUUCUGGCAAAAGUGGGAAAAUGACAUGGCCUGUUCUGAUGUAUACUGCCGUAUACGAAGCCAAAAUGUAGACAAACUUAGUAAAGUUGUUCUCCACUCACCUCGUGUUAGCAAACAUGGCUGGCUCCUCGCGUGCUGCGUGUGAUGUAGCAUCUUAAGGACGCCUCCCAAUGGACAAUCUGUCAAUUGAAGAUGAGAAUUGUAGAUUAUUUGAUUGCAUUUUAACUGGACUGUAUUGUAAUCAUAAAUAAUACCUUCAUGUAAUCUAGUUAAUUUUUUAAAUGAAGAAACGAUACAAAGUAACCAACUAAAUUAAAUUACAUGACAAUUUUCUGUUUUAAAAUAAAUCAGUACUUUAGUUUUGACUGUAGUCCAUUAAUUUAUGUUUUAUGUACAUUAAUAACUAGAUUAAAAUCAGAUACUAUACAUAGCACUGAAUCGGCUUUUAAUUGGACAUCAACGCUAUGCAAUCCCAUAUUGAAAUUGGUAAUGCUUUCUCUUCUUCAUCACACGCAGUUCACUCAUAUCUAUAUUUUUUGUGGGUAGUUUAUUUUCAUAUGAAGGAAAUAUUCUGUGGAAUUUAUAGCGUCUCUUGUUCUUGUUGUUAUUCAAUGACAUUCAUUGCCGCUUCUUCUCGCCAUCUCAGGGCGCCCUUUUUGUUUUUUAUUUCAAAAAUGUAACGAGAAUAUUUUGUAAAUUAGUGUCACUGUGGACUUUUAAUUGAUGUCAAUGGAUGUUUUUAUGGAAAUGUUUUUAAAAUGCUCUCCCACGCUGACGGGAGUUCAUGUCACGCCAUUAAAAGUUUGAUAUUGG